AUGGUUCAUCUCGCCAAAGUCAAGAAGGACAGUGAGCUCCCCUCGGCUCGUCAAUUUGACUCCAUUCCCCCCAUCGAGACAAAUGACGCCGACACCAAUGUCUACGGCACUCACUUUGCCGUGGACCACAUGCCCCAGCAUGAAAUGCCAGAGCGGGAGAUGCCCCGCCAGAUCGCCGCUCGGAUGAUCAAGGAUGAGCUGAGUCUGGACGGUAACCCUAAGCUCAACCUCGCCAGUUUCGUCACCACCUACAUGGAAGAGGAGAUCGAGGAGAUCAUGACCGACUCCUUCAGCAAAAACUUCAUUGAUUACGAGGAGUACCCUCACUCCGCCGAGAUCCAAAACCGAUGUGUCAAUAUGAUUGCUAGACUUUUCAACAUUCCCACCGAUGCCGCCAGUGAGAACGCCAUGGGUACUUCAACCAUUGGAUCUUCCGAGGCUAUCAUGCUGGGCACACUGGCUAUGAAGAAGCGCUGGCAGAACAAGCGCAAGGCCGAGGGCAAGGACUUCUCGCGCCCCAACAUUAUUAUGAACAGUGCUGUCCAGGUCUGCUGGGAGAAGGCUGCUCGUUACUUUGAUAUCGAGGAGAAGUACGUCUUCUGUACCGACACCCGUUUCGUCAUCGAUCCCCAGCAGGCUGUGGAUCUGGUGGAUGAGAACACAAUCGGUAUCUGCGCCAUCCUGGGUACCACCUACACCGGCGAAUACGAGGAUGUCAAGGCCAUCAACGAUCUGCUGGUGGAGCGUAACAUUGACUGCCCGAUCCACGUCGACGCAGCUAGUGGUGGCUUCGUCGCUCCAUUCACCGACCCUAACCUCGUCUGGGAUUUCCGCCUGGAAAAGGUGGUAUCCAUCAACGUCUCCGGUCACAAGUAUGGUCUAGUCUACCCCGGUGUCGGAUGGGUUAUCUGGCGCGCGGUGGAGUAUCUGCCCCAAGAAUUGGUGUUCAACAUCAACUACCUCGGAGCCGACCAGGCCAGCUUUACCCUGAACUUCUCCAAGGGUGCUUCCCAUGUCAUUGGACAAUACUACCAGUUUAUCCGCCUGGGUAAGCACGGUUACCGUGCCAUCAUGACCAACCUGACUCGCAUCAGUGACUUCAUGGCGUCAGAGUUUGAGAAGUUGGGCAUGGUCAUCCUGAGCCAGACGCAGGGCAGGGGCCUGCCCCUAGUGGCCUGGCGCCUUCCCACAGACCCCAAUCGGGUCUACGAUGAAUUCGCUCUGGCCCACCAGCUCCGCGAGCGCGGCUGGGUUGUUCCUGCGUACACUAUGGCGCCCCACAGCGAGAAAAUGAAGAUGAUGCGCAUUGUCAUCCGCGAAGACUUCAGCAUGAACCGAUGCGACAGUUUGAUCCAGGACUUCAAACUUGCCAUUGAUACUUUGGAUGCAAUGGACAAGAAUAUGAUGGCCAAGUACAGAGUGCACAUGAAGAACCACCGCAACCAACCUCGCCACCAGUCGCUUAUUCACCGUCACUACCUGGAAGAGAAGCACUCGCUCCAGGGCAAGGAUGGCAAGACACAUGGCGUGUGUUAA